UGAGUAUAAGCAUGAGCAGCAGAGUCGGAGAGAUUAUACUUACUCGCGCCGGCGUCCGUUUCCCUCAGUCGACGUCGAGGUGCCGUCGAAGCUGCAGCGACCCGCAUCAUCGCAUAGAUCUUAUUUAUAAACAAGCUACAGCCUUUUACGCGCCAGUGAAAAGUUGAGAAUAGAAUCAUGGAAAAAAUACUGCUGCUGCUGCUGCUUACUGCGGGAGGAUUGAGCUGCUUUCGAAUCGUGGAGAACCCCAGGGCAAAUGAUUACUGGGCCGAGAGGGCGAGGAUUCUGAUGGAGGAGGAGAACUCGAUGCUCGGGGGCGAUCUGAAGUUCGAGGGAAAGGAGAGACUAGCCAAUGAGGUGCUCAUGAGCGCUAAACGCAAGGAGAUCGACGAUGGAAUCAACGAUCCAUCCUCGUUCCUACCAUCGAAGAACUUCCUGACAGUAGUUAACCAGAUCCGUGAGUCUCCUGUCUUCAAAAUCAUCGAGGAACUUCCAAAGGGCGCAGUUUUACACGCCCACGACACAGCCAUCACCUCAGCCGAGUACAUCUUCUGGAACAUCACUUUCCGACCAAAUCUCUACGCCUGCGAAGUCGACGGUCUGCUCAAGUUCCACUUCUUUGACAAACCCAACAAGGAGUGUGAUUGGAAGCUUUUGGAGACCCUUAGAAAAAAUGACCCCGAUAGAGUUAUCGACACCAGAAUCGCCAGGCAACUGUCAAUGAUCACGAGGUUCCCAGAACAGUUAUAUCCUGAUGGUGACAAGGCCUGGGAGAAGUUCGUUCAGAUCUUCCUUUUCAUCACGCCUAUGUUGACUUACAGACCAGUUUACGAAGAUCACUUCUAUCGGGGACUGCAGGAGCUUUACUACGACAACGUUCUCUACCUGGAACUGCGCUCGACACUGCCGCCCUUGUACGACCUUGACGGAAAACAAUACAGUGCUGUCGACCUUGCUCACAUUUACAAAGAAGUGUCUGACAAAUUCGUUAAGAAACAUCCAGACUUCGUGGGUAUGAAGCUGAUCUACGCACCGCAUCGAAAAUGCAGCCAGCAGGAGCUUGACCAGUUUCUGAUUACGGCUCGUCAGCUGAAGAAGGAGCUCCCCGACUUUGUCGUGGGUUUCGAUCUCGUCGGUCAAGAGGACAAGGGUUACCCGCUCAUAGAAUUCGCUGACAAACUCAGAGCUAUCAGUGACGACGUGCAUCUGUUCUUCCAUGCCGGAGAGACUAACUGGUAUGGGACCAGUAUCGACAAGAACCUCAUCGAUGCUGUGAUGCUUAACACCAAGAGAAUUGGUCAUGGUUACGCCUUGGUAAAACACCCGAAGGUCCUCGAGCUUGCCCGCCAGAAGAAAAUCGCGAUCGAGAUCGCGCCGAUCUCCAACCAAGUUCUCGAUCUCGUGAAAGACCUUCGCAAUCAUCCCGCCAGUGCUCUCUUCGCCCAAGAUUACCCCGUCGUUAUCUCGAACGACGACCCUGGCCUCUGGGGAGCUCAGGGUCUGAGCUAUGACUUCUACGAGGCUUUCGUUGGUAUCAUGUCUCGUGACGCCGAUCUCAGAUCGCUGAAGAAACUGGCGCUCAACUCCAUUGAAUACUCGAGCCUUACCGAACAGGAGAAGAAGAAGGCCCUCGACAUCUGGAGGCAAAGCUGGGAUGAGUUUAUCGAUUAUGUGAUCACUGGUCAGUGAGUCGAGGAAAGCUGGAUUUUUGUUGUGAAUGACUUAGGAUUUUGAUAUAGUGUUGAGAAAAUAUGCUUUGAUAUAGUUUUACGUGACAAUAAAUAGACACUUUUCAUCCGUGUAUAACGCUAUA